AAGCAGUGCGCUCUCUCUUCCCACUCAAACGGCUAACUCGGUUCUUUAGCAACAAUGGCAGCACCCAAAGUUGAUAUUAUUGACAGUGAAAAUCAGAAACCAAAACCAUAUGUUAGGUAUACAACUUACAUGGGAUGUCCAGCAGUAAUCUUUUCAAAAGAGUAUUGGGAUGCAGCAGCCGCCAAAUGUAGACUUACACUGGUUGGAAAGUUCUUUAACAGAAAGCCAAAAAUGACAGCAAUCCGAGCUAGUUUUAGUGCAAAAUACCCUUUGAAAGACCAUGUGAAGAUUGCAUCUUACGAUUCUCUACAUGUAUUUCUUGAUUUUACUAAUGAAGAGGAUUAUGAUGCUAUUUUGUUCAAGGAAAUGAUCAUUGUUGCUGGUGCCCAAAUGGAGGUUUUCCGGUGGACCCCAGAAUUUCACGGUCCAUUUACAAAAAUGAAACCGGAUAAUCACACAGCUAAAGUAGAAGGCAGGGAUGAAACACUUGGCAUUAUGGAGCUAGAUAAGAAUGAGCAUGUUGGUGGUGGAAAUGAGUACGGGAGUAAGGAGUCAGAAGCAGCACCUAAAAACACACACAUAUUGGAAGAUGGUUUGUAUAUUUCUGAUUCAGUAGAUUGUGUCCCAGAAGCAACACGUUCUGAUUCCGAGGAAAGAGUCGGAAGUCCUGUCAAUUGCAGUACUGAAACCUCUGAAAUACAAGCUUCUACGGAAACUAGUCACAGUGGGUCAAGUGGCCUUUCAUUUGCUUCCGAUGGGAUUGCAGGAAGAAUUCCAUCUGUUAUGGAUGAUAGUUCAUCGGUGUGUUCCACAGACUCAAUGUCUUUCAGAGGGACUUAUUCAAACAAUAACAGCCAAAAGUUGUAUGGCAGAGGGUGGAAAUAUGGAAGCAAGUCAACUAGUAAUGCAGCUGAUUGGGCCAGUGAAAAACUUAAUCAGCCAUUAGAUGCUCUUCCAAUAGGUGAAUACCUUGAGGAUCGGAAAUCAAGACCUCCGAUUCAAGUGCAAUAUUCAACCUAUACGGGACGCCAGGCAGUAACCUUCCCAGAAAACUACUGGGAAAGCUUAGUUCCCGAUUGUAGACUCACUUUGAUUGGGAAUUUCUUCCAAAGGAAGCCACGAAUGAAAGAAAUCCGAGCUGAUUUCAUUGCAAAGAACCCUCUGAAAGGCCAAGUGAAGAUUACGCAUUACACUUCUCAACAAGUAUCUCUUGAUUUCACCAAUGAAGCAGAUUAUGACACUGUUUUGUCCAAGAAAACGCUCACUGUUGCUGGCGCUGUGAUGCAGAUUUACUGGUGGUCGCGAGAUAUCCAUCAUGAAGUAGACGUAGCAGUUUCACAUCAUGGCGAGCUGACUGAGGCGGAUAGAGAAAGACACUCCUUGGAGAUGCCAAAGUGUAAGUUCUCCUCCUAGAAACCCUCCAAGAAGUAUAGGCUCGGCCACUCAGUCGAUGUCCAAGUUGAAGGUCUCAGUCACAAAUGAUCCUAACUCGGUUAAGAGAUCGACCUCAGAUAACUCCAACCUGUCUCAGAAAUCAGUUCCCUUGUUUAAUUCAGCUGAAACUGCUGUGUUAUUGAAUGUUGAUCCUCAUAAAGCCGUAGAACCAAAAGCCAUGGAGAAGCCUUUAGUUCAGUCAGUUUCUAUUACAACUGAGAAAUUCCCGUCUAAUCAAGUGACUGCCUCUGCUACAGCUGAAAUGCCCAUGCCACUGCUCCCAACGUUACCAUUAUUGGCUCAUUCAGUGAGUCCAGCUGCUCAGUUAUGCGCUGACCCUUCAACAGCCAUAGACACUUAUGUUCCUCAGUCUUAUCCGAAUGAAAUUGUGGGCAGUCAUAUUUUAGGAAGAAGCGAACAAGCUGGCAGUGGAAGCAUCUUUCCCAGCCCAAGCCAAGCGUCGCAUCAGCACAGUCUUGCUCAGCGGCAUAACCAGCUCAAUUCGUAUAAAGUAGACAGGGAUACGCACUUGGAUCAAGAACCAAAUAUGAUUGCCGGGCCAACACAACUACAAUCACUAUUAACAACCUCAGUAAGUAACACUACAAGCUCAAUCCAAUACGGGGAAUGUCUCAAGAAUCAUGCUGCAAGUAUGGGAGGGCAUGCUAUCGACGGAUGUGGAGAAUUCAUGCCAAGUGGAAGAGAAGGGACCCCAGGAGCCUUAAAAUGUGAAGCUUGUAAUUGCCACAUAAAUUUUCACAGGAACGAAGUCAUCAACCACCGACAGAUGGCCGGCAUUGGGUCACAUAUUGAACCGAGAAAUAAUAGCUGUAGCCGCUAUAUACACAAGCAAUCCCAGAUUUCUCAGCAAUACCAGCAUAAUUACAGUCAUAGCUAUUCUCCUAGUUCAGUGGUUAACUCUUCAGAUUCAUAUCCUCAACUACCUUUACCGAUCUCUGGCCAGGUAUGUUUACCACAGGGCUUAGAAAGAAUAGAACCUAGUCUAAUUAGACCAAGCUAUUCAUAUGAAAUGGUGAAUCAUGAUACCGUGCAGAAUGGACAGCAAUGGGAGUAUUCCUGGAGGGACAGAAGUAGGAAUACAUCGAUAGAUCAUCCUUCUUUACGAAAUGAGAAUAGGAAUUUUGAUAUGUUCAAGCCUUUAAACUACAGAACCCCUGAUCACAUUCCCUCUGAAUUUGCCAAUGAAUUCCCACAUCUUGACAUCAUAAACAACUUGCUAUAUGAUGAGCAUGGAAUUGGAAAGACUUCGAUGCCAAACUCAGGCUUUCAGAAUUUGAGAAAUGGUUCAUACCAUCUGAAUGGCCAUUUCACUUGAGUGAGUGAAAAUUGGGAUGUCUACUGGUCUAAGUGUUAUCUCUAUGGUCUUUAGGUCUGAAGUGAUUCUGCCUUUUUUGGUUUCCUUUUUAAUCUUUUGUAGAAAUGUGGCUUUGACAUCAAGCUAAUCUGGGAAUUUUGAUGUUUUAAGAAUUUUGGCAUUUCAUUAGUGCUGAUGUCUGGUAAUUAGUUCUUUCUCUGUGUUGUUAUGA